AUGUCGCCUCUUAGCGAAUCCCAUGGACUUACAAGCAGCUCACAAGCCAUCGGCGGAGAAAUUGCUUUACAUCCUGUUUCCAGCUUUUAUUCUCAUACAUCCUCAACCAGGAAAAAUAGUUGGCCGACUCAGCACCAACAAGAGCAAUCUUCACGUCAAUCAGCUUCGCAACGGAACAGGUCGUUGAUUAGUGCUCAUGAGCCUUUGGAUUUUCCUCGAGCAGGUACUACUCAUUCAGAUCAUCACGGUUCUUCGACCACUGCCGACUCUGGGGCCUGGUGGAAGGUGCAUCUGUUCCGUGGAAUGAUUCAAGAUAUCAAGCGGAGAGCACCUUAUUACUGGAGUGAUUGGACCGAUGCCUGGGAUUAUCGAGUCAUACCAGCUACGGUCUAUAUGUAUUUUGCAAACAUUCUUCCUGCUCUGGCUUUCUCGCUAGAUAUGUUUGAAAAGACACACCAGAGCUAUGGAGUCAAUGAGGUUCUGUUGGCCUCUGUCCUUGGCUCUGUGGUGUUCUCUGUCGCUGCGGCACAACCAUUGGUUAUCGUUGGCGUGACUGGUCCUAUUACGGUCUUUAACUAUACUGUAUACGACAUCAUGACCCCUCGAGGAACAAAUUACCUAGCAUUUAUGUUUUGGAUUGGACUUUGGUCUCUGAUAUUCCACUGGAUCCUUGCUAUAACCAAUGCUUGCAACGGCUUGACAUAUGUGACGCGGUUCUCGUGUGACAUCUUCGGCUUCUACGUUGCAUUUAUAUACCUACAGAAAGGGAUCCAGGUCCUAACUCGUCAAUGGGGUAUGGCAGGCGAGACGUCAGCUUACCUUAGUAUCAUGGUUGCUCUUCUCGUCCUGAUGUCCGGCUACCUCUGCGGUAUGCUAGGGGAAAGUACGCUUUUCCAGAGAUAUGUGCGAAAAUUCAUCGAGGAUUACGGCACGCCUUUGACCAUUGUGUUUUUCACGGGAUUCGUACAUAUCGGUCAUAUGAGGGAUGUCUCCGUUGAGACAUUACCGACUUCCAAAGCAUUUUUCCCUACGGCGGAUCGCAGCUGGCUUGUUAGUCUGUGGGAUAUUAGUGUUGGUGAGGUGUUUUUGGCAAUCCCAUUUGCUAUUUUGCUUACCAUCUUAUUCUACUUUGAUCACAACGUAUCUUCUCUCAUUGCACAAGGUACAGAAUUUCCCCUCCGCAAACCAGCUGGUUUCCAUUGGGAUCUUUUCCUUCUGGGCCUGACGACUGGCGUCGCUGGCCUUUUAGGAAUACCUUUCCCCAACGGCCUGAUUCCACAAGCCCCGUUCCAUACCCAAGCACUCUGUGUGACGCGACAAGUGUCUGAUGACGACGAGACCAACAAAGGCCGACCAAUUCGCAUCACAGAUCAUGUCGUAGAGCAAAGAGUCAGCAAUCUCGCCCAGGGACUUCUCACCCUCGGCACAAUGACCGGUCCCCUCCUCGUGGUCCUACACCUAAUACCCCAAGACGUCCUGGCAGGACUCUUCUUCAUAAUGGGCGUCCAAGCCCUUCAAGGAAACGGCAUAACCCAAAAACUCAUCUUCCUCGCCCAAGACCACACUUUCACACCCGGCUCCAACCCGCUAAAACGCCUCGAACGAAGAAGCGCAGUUUGGGCCUUUGUGAUUCUGGAACUGCUCGGGUUCGGCGCGACGUUUGCAAUUACUCAGACUAUUGCGGCGAUUGGGUUCCCAGUUAUUAUCUUGUUGCUUAUACCGGUUCGCUCGUUUCUGUUACCGCUUUGGUUUAGAGAUGAGGAGCUUGCGACGUUGGAUGCGCCGACUGCGAGUCCAUUUACUAUGGAGUCUGUGGGUGGGACUUAUGGACAUGUUGAAAUGGAUGAUCGGCCAAUUAGCAGAGGAGGUACAGUCCGUGGUACUGGUGGUGACGGUGGUAUAUUAGUGGGAAAUGACGGUCGUAGCUCGGAAGAAUCUGCUGUGGAAGAUGAGCUUGAAAGAGGAGAGUUGAAUCAGGUGUCGUCAAGACUGAGUGCAAGGAAGAGGAGCACGACUAAUACGAGUACAGUAGAACCUGGCUAUAACGAAAGAAAGGCCACUCCACAUUUCUACUGACAUCAACUAGAGUGUCUUUAAUAUGGGACUGAAGAGCAUCGAAUUUGUUAAUACUAAAAUGGAUUAAUAUAUUGGAGAUGCCCUUCAUCCCCAAAUCGAACUCUGUUUAGGAUAUAUGGGCUUAGGCCCUGAGAGGUCUUCUGUUCAUUCUAACCAGGUCCUACUGUAUAAGGGAAUAGUCUUAGUAUGGAGAUAUGGGUAGAUGUUUGUUCAAUUCGCUCAUUCCCUGGCUAUAUUUCUCCAACAUAGGCAAGGUCGUACAAAGCAGCUCUUACUGUAUUUAGUGGUUAUCCAGGAGUAUGAAUGUGUCCUUGGUAACAUC